AUGGAUAAGGAAUCUGUGUUUACAGAGUUUUUAGCAAAGGAGGAAAAUGCGGAAUUACGUAAGAUAUUUUCCAGUGUUCUAGGAAAGAGUAAUGAAACACCGCAAAACAACCCUGCUUCUGAUUCACUGGGUAAUGUUCAUGCUGAACGUCAGAAAAAUUUAGACAUUGGUAUAGAAUCGCCGUUUACUGCAAAGGAUGCCGUUAAGCCGAAGUAUUUUACACUGGAUGAAGUAAAGGAUACAAUACAUCUUGAUGGAGUUGAGCAUACUGAUUCUGAUCUGCAAUGGUCUCAACUAGCAUUGUCUCCUGAUUUACUAAGAGCGCUUCAACAUGUUGGUUUUGCGAAGCCAUCCCGUAUACAGCAAUGCGCGCUUCCACUUAUGCUUGGAAGCACACGUAAUAUCAUUGCACAAGCAAAGAAUGGAUCGGGUAAAACUGCGACAUUCUCCCUUGCGAUGCUUUCAAAAGUGGAUUUGAAUGUCCCGUACAUUCAGGCUAUCUGUCUCUGUCCAACUCGCGAGUUGGCUACUCAGAAUUUGCAAGUUAUACAAAAAUUGGGACAAUUCACCCAGAUAAAAACCUUUUUGGGAGUACCUCAGUGUCAACCAUAUGAUGAGACAAAUAGAUAUCAGCUAUAUGUUGGUACCCCUGGUAAAACAAAGGAAUUUUUUCAAAAGCGUAUUAUAAAUACUAUGUACAUAACUAUGUUUGUCUUGGAUGAAGCCGAUGAAUUGAUUAAUCAAGAAAACAAUAUGGGACCUCAAGUUGUGCAGAUACGCAGGAUGUUUAGACAACCUGUGCAAAUUGUGUUAUUCUCAGCUACCUUUUCAGAUUCCGUCUAUGAAUUUGCUACAAGGAUCGCACCAAACGCGCAUGUAAUUCAGGUCAAAAGAGAGCAACUCACACUGGAUUGUAUUGACCAGAGAUAUAUGUUGUGCAAUGACGACGAGGAUAAGUUCAAAAAGCUCUGUGAAAUUUAUGCUAGUAUGAUUGUUGGACAAUCUGUUAUUUUUGUGAAUACCAAAGAUUCAGCCUUUAAGCUCUCGCAACGUAUGAGAGACAAUGGUCAUGCUGUUUCUUUGCUAUGCGGUACUUUGGCUCCUAAUGCCGGUCCGAAUUCAAUGACUCCAGAAAUCAGAGAUCGUAUUAUGUCAGAGUUCAAAGACGGGGAAACAAAGGUGCUGAUAUGUACUGACGUUUUGGCUAGGGGUAUUGACGUUCCACAAGUUACCCUUGUUGUAAAUUAUGACCUUCCGCUGCUUUAUUCUGGGACCAGGGCAACGGCAGCCAAAGCAAUUUGCAUGGAAACAUAUCUGCAUCGUAUCGGAAGGACGGGCCGUUUUGGUGUUCGUGGUAUGGCUAUUAACAUGAUCACCGUAAAUGAAAUGGCUCUAAUUGACACAAUCAAGACGUUUUACAACUGUAAUGUUGAGAAUCUUGAUUGUGAUCCUGAGGCUAUCGAAGAGAUGGUCCGCAACUUUAGAGUAUGA